UUCAUAUUCCAACUGUAUUUCUAAAAAAUAUCAGUGGGUACGCCGUCCUCGGUUUAAAGAUUCCCUCCUUAGACUUUUUCAUUAUUAUAUAAAAAAAAAUUAAAACUAUUUUUUCAAUUGUCCAAUCCCUAACUCUAAUUGCCCCAACCUCCUUCUCCUAAUUCUUUUUAUAUAAAAAUCUUCUCACCUUCUCUUUAAAUUAUAUACACACAAAAAAAAAAAAAAAAAAAAAUCUAUGUAUCUCACUUUUGCUUUCAACAAAUUCAUUUGAGAAGUACUUGAGAUACUGUUUUUCCUUGUUCAUGUUCAUCUUCCUCUUAGUUGUGGAAAAAAAUUGAAUUUUGGUCCAAUCCCUGUCAUUUCCUAAUUAGGGAUUUUGUCUUUCAACUCUGUACCAGGUUUGAUUUGCUAACAAAAGGGUUAGUUCUUUUUUUUUGAAAAAAAAAAAAAUCAUUUGAAAAGUAUUGGAUACUAUCUUUUCUCGUUCUGGUUUCUCCUCCUCUUAGUUGUACCCGAUUUGAUUUGCUAGUAAAAUUGUCAGUUCAAUUAUUAAAAAAGAAAAACAAAUUCAUUUGAAAAGUAUUGGAUACUAUCUUUUCUUGUUCUGGUUUCUCCUCCUCUUAGUUGUACCCGAUUUGAUUUGCUAGUAAAAUUGUCAGUUCAAUUAUUAAAAAAGAAAAACAAAUUCAUUUGAAAAGUAUUGGAUACUAUCUUUUCUUGGUCUCGUUUAUCCUCCUUUUUUUUUCCGAUGGUGCAAUCACUAACUCUACCUGCGCUAACCUCCUCCUCUUUUUCCGUCCCAAAACCCUCCUAUUCCACCACGGCAGUUGGAUUUAACUGCCGCGUUUGGCGUACUAGGAGGGCAACGGUAUGUGCUGUUGCUGUUGCGGAGGCUAAUCCAGUGUUAGAGAGGAGAAAAUCGGUGAGUUUAUAUGAGGUGUUAAGAGUUAAUAGAGAUGCUUCUGCUAAAGAGAUUAAAGCUGCUUACCGGAAUCUAGCUAAACUGUACCAUCCCGAUGCUGCUGCUGCUGCUGCUGCUGAGGAGGAGGAAUCUUCCAGACCCGACCCGACCCGGGAUUUUAUUGAGAUACACGAUGCUUAUGCUACGCUAUCUGAUCCUUCAGCUAGGGCUCUUUAUGAUCUUAAGUUGACUCUGGAUUUACGAAGAAGAGGGAUUUACCCGACCCGGGUGAAGAGGUCUGGGUUUUACCCGACCCGGAGAUGGGAAACGGAUCAAUGCUGGUAGAUAUUUAGGGUCCCCACAUUUCUCCGUAUUCACACUGUAUUUUUUGUCAAGUGGCGUUUAGAUGGAGAUUUUUAGCUAGUGUACAUACGGCAUCUUAUUCAUUUUUUUUCCCCCUUUUUUUGUUCCUCUAUUUAAGCCAAUUAGCUGAAAAUGAAAAAUGAAAAAAAAGGAAAAAAUUCUUGUUUGAGGAAAUGAGUAAAUACAUAUUUCACAUUC